CCUGGUAUGUUUGAUGAUGAAAACAUUCGCAGACUUUUUUGCAAUCUCAAGAAUUCACCACUUUUCGUCUCUGAAUGUCGUCGUUUAGGACACCGAGAGGGAGAGAGAUGCGAGCCGCGAGAUAACAAGACAUGUAACUCCAUGUUUAGCCCUACUACGACCCCCCCCCCGUCUCUCUUCUGUUUCUUGUGGUUUUCGCUGAUCUGUUAGACCACAGUCUCUGACCCCCUCCCCUCUCUCACACUUGCACGCACGCACUACCUGUAUUUAGAAUAGACCCUUCUAUGCUGCAUCGGAGGAAGAUGCAGUGAUUCUCAGCCGGUCUGGUUACUGCAAUGAAUGGUAACACUAUCCAUCCAGCCAACACCAGCACAACAGCAGGAGAGGGCCCAGGCGUGGCAGCGCCCCCCAGAGUCUGGAGGGAAUUCUGCGAGCUUCACGCCAUCGCCACAGCCCGGCAGCUGGCUGGACACUACCGGAGCUUCGCCAGAGAGCGAGCACAACAUGACGUUCUCCCACCAGAAAACUUCUCCAAGCAGUUCAUCGACCUCUUCCAGCAACACUUCUGCUGCGAGGUCGACAAAGAUGGCACUCCGCUCAGCCAGAACACAUGCUCCACUGGUACUGGUAGUGUCCCCCACACCACUCCAGUGCCCACUCCCCUUCCGUCACAAGGUGUGAUUGGUCGGAUCACAUCCUUGUCCAGGACUUGUCAGGACUAUCGAGAGGCGGGCCGGCCGAGUGUUGGAGCGGCUCUCUUCACUGUGGUGUCACCAAAGGUGGGGCCACUGGUGGUGAGUCGGGAACAGGAGCAGCCGCUGCGAUGUGCCGCGGGAAACUCGUUAUCAGGUAACCCGGUGACGCUCAGAGGGUCGACUCGUAGCAUCGGGUCAUUGCUCAUUCGUAGCCAUAGCAGUGAGGAGAUCUCUGCCACUGAUCGUCGUCUGGUAUCAGAACGGUACUCCUCUGACAUCUCAACCUCCAACCCUGCACAUGCUGAAGUCACACAUUUCUCUGUCAGCCAAAUCCGGCAUACAGUGAGACGGCUUCUCAAAAAACAGACCAGCACCCCCCCAUCCCUGGACCAGUCUCCUAGCAACCCAAGCACCAACAGCCUCCCAAUUAAUGGUGACAGAGUAAGUGGGAUUCCCUCUACCAAUGAGGAAGGGUCCUCCUCCUCAUCCCACUCUUCCUCUUGUCUGAACUCUGAAGCCACGCCGCUGGUCUCUUCACACAUGACUAAGGCCGGAGUGGGCUCUAACUUCCUGGAUCGUUUCCCGUGGUUACGCGUUGGCAGCCUGAGGCAGAGGAGGUCGGAGAGCGGCUGCUGUAAGGCGGGCCAGCUGAGGUACCUGCUGGUGGACGACACUAUCUCAGACACUCAGCACCGCUGGCAACGCUGCCGCCUGCUGGUCAGGAGGAUCAGGGACGCUCAAGAUGGAGGAGGAGGAAGAGGAAGAGGAGGAGGGGAGAGGUACCAGUUGGAGCUCUAUGAUCCUCCAAAGGCCUCCUGUCCCAAGCUGACGACUCACUGCUCAGAUAUCCAAGAAGUCCGUCGUUGCAACCGGCUGGAGAUGCCUGACAACUUAAACACAUUUGUUUUAAAGGUUAAUCGAGGUAGUCUGAUUUUCGAGACGGACAACGACCAGCUGGUCAGCUCCUGGACCACAGAGCUAAAAGAAUGUAUCAGCAACAGGUCAGGCAGUGUGGAUCUGGAGCCUCUCCCCCCCCCAGCAGACAGCUCGGCUCCAGCCAGUCACAGAGGGAGCUCAGAGCUAGGGAGUCAAAGCCCCGUCACUUUCUCCUCUCCUGAGCAGGUCGUGCAGAAGGCCGACCAUUUCCUGUUCUCCUACCCAUGGUUCCACGGGCCCAUCUCCAGGGUCAAGGCGGCCCACCUGGUGCAGAGCUCCGGCCCGGAGGGUCACGGGGUGUUUCUGGUCCGUCAGAGCGAGACACGGAGAGGAGACUACGUCCUCACCUUCAACUACCAGGGGAAGGCCAAGCACCUGCGCCUCUCCCUGACAGAGUGGGGUCAGUGCAGGGUCCAGCACCUGCGCUUCCCCUCUGUGAUGGACAUGCUCAGUCACUUCCUUCUCUUCCCCAUCCCGCUGGAGUGCGGAGCCGCCGGCGCCGUCACUCUGUCCAGCUUCGUGGUGGCGGGCUCCAGCCCCCCGUCACAGGGCCAGCUCUCGGGCGCCCUCCUGGUCCCGUUCUCUCUGCACCGCUGGAGCUCCGAGCCCAGCCUGGCUCACUGCAGCCAGCCACGCUCCUCCUGCUCCCCCAGUCCCCGGGCCGCCGCCCAGCCCCCGGGCCGCCCCUCCACCCGCAUCAACCCCGCCCCGGACCCUCCUCCGUCAACCCCGGUUCCGCUUCUCCAGAGUGAAUCUGUGGGGAGGAGACCCCUGCUCCGCCACCCCCACCUCCCUCAGCGGGACUCAGACUACGAGCUGGAGCCAGAGCGGGGGCGCAAGAGGGCGAUAGACAACCAGUACAUGUUGCUCUGACAACCGCCAACAGCUCCGCCGCCACGACAGAUUAUUAUUACAUUUUGACUGGCAGGUUUUGAAUUUACCGUUUUUAAAUACCAGCUAAAAACCGGUAACUACCGGCUAACGGAAACCCUGAUACACACAUCUGACCCCCCCUCACCCGGCUGCACAUGUCUGUGUGAGACUCUCAGAGAGCGCAGGAUGCUAACAUGAUCACAGCAGACUCUUUGCUGAGCGUCUAGACUUUGUCUGAUGUCAACACACACACACACACACACACACACACACACACACACACACACACACACACACACACACACACACACGGUCUGUGCUGGCAGUGUGCUUACCAGUGACCGACCCUCGCAGCCUCCACCCAGUGUCCACAGUGAAUGUAUUUUUGGGAGUUUUAUAAAAGUGCUGAGUAUGAUGACUAUUCUCGUUUUCUUGAUGUUGAGGUUCAGUGUGAGAGUGGAGGUGGGGGGGGGGGGCAUGUGCAGCUGUCCCCCAGCUCAUUCCACACACAUAAAUGAGAAAGCACUCUCAUUUCAGAGUGCCUACAUGUUAUAUUAGAUAUUCCUCCUUUUGUGCAUUAUUUCAUAUUUAAGUGCACAACGCUUUCAGUGCACUUUGACAACAAUGUGUAUUUUGUAUACACAGAUUAUUUUAUAGAAAAAAAUAAAAAAGACAUUAAAAAGGGGAAAAGUCAGGUGGGAAGCUGUUACUUUGAAAUGCUUCCAUCACUUCAGCCCGUCGCAGAGACAGAACCAGGAAUUAUUCUACAUCAACUUUCAUCAGCACUGCUUUUAUUGUGUGUGCUCUGUUCAUGUGGGAGGAGUCGAGGUGUCCAUCAGCACUGAUCUGGAGUCUGUCCCAAUACUCACUGCUAGGUUUGCCAAAAUACCAUCUGUAGUGUCACAUGUUACAUGUCCAGCACCGAGGCCUUGUGUACGCAGCAUUAUCUUCUGAGUAAGCACAAAGUGUCACAUGGUCUCACAGAGAUAAGUUCUGCCACAAAAAGUACAUUUAAUGAUAUAAAUACAAUAAUAUAAUUUAUAUAUUUUUUUCUAUAACCCUGUAUUAAUUUGAUGAAUUUAAACACUUUUAAUAUAUUUCAUUUGUACAGUGGUGGGAGAGGAGCCAUCAGGAGAAGAGUAAUCCAUCUCUGUUCCUUAUCUUUUCUCCUGACGGCAACUCGAUGUGUAAUAUCAUCAUAAUAUUGUAGUAUAUUAUUUGGCAACACAUCCUCCACUCUUACUCAAAUUAUAUUUAAUUAAAAGUGUUACGAAUUAGUAAUGAGGCUCAAUAGGUAUUCUGCCCCUCCAAAAUGAGUCUUGGCACUCCCAAGGUAUCUUUUUUAUUUGGAAAAAGCUGAAAAAUGCGCCCCAAAUAAAACAUCAACUUGAAAAGCUUCACUCCAGAGCAGGAAAGGGGGAAACACUCCGCAAGAUCAAAACAGAGAGUUAAUCCUCCACCAUCAGAGCCCAUUUCUAUCAGAUUAGUCCCAUAUUCAGAACAAAUGAAACAGACUGCAGGUCAGAUAUUAUCUCAGCUAACAUGCUAACAUGAAUCUCACCUUAAAGUCUUAAAGCAGGCUAACGCGAUGCAGCUCCUGUGAUAGUGCCUCUGUCGAUUUUAACAUUUAUUUUCUUACAACUUUCUAAGGCAAAUCUUGAUUCUUGGGCAAGUUUCCAACUCUAUUUUUUACACUCAUAGCAUUAAAUAUUUUUCCUAGUAUUUUUAUGUACAAGUUCAAAACGGCAGCAGGCGGAUAAACACGAUAUUUUUAUACACGUUUUAAUAAAAGUUGUUUCAGUGAGAGACUUUGUGAGGGAGGUUUGCUUUCAGCUCAGGUGUGCAUUUUAUUGUCAAGAGCUGACAUACUACAUUUUUAUUUAAAGGAAUCCAAAAGAUGAAGUGGUUACAGCUGAUUUUCUUAGUGACCCGUUGGUUUAUCUCAGUGUGUCCGUCUUGAGAUCAGCCUUUGUAGAUCAGUUUCAGUUAACUGUUGUCUCUCCUCUCAAAAAACACAAAAUAUCCCAUAAACAGUGAGCAGUCGUUUUGACACACACCAAAAAUGUUCUGUAAUUUGGUUUCAACACCUGAAGCUUCACUUCCUUUAGCGACGGGAUGCUUUAGGGAAAUAUGUUGCCAGGACUUGUCUGUUUUCUAACCUUGCUUUAACACUAACUUUAGCAGUUGUUUAAGAUGUACCUUCAGUGAACGUAUGCGUAACGUGUGGAUAAGACCUGUCUUAUCUGCCCUUCUUCUCAGUGUAGUUUCCUUUCCUUAAAGAAGAGAAAUGCCUAAAUGCAACCAAAUGUCCUCAUGAACACGACCGCAAUAGGUCAGCUUCGUCUACCAAAGGAACAUUUUGGCAAUGGUUUUGUAGUUCUCUACAUGUAGUUCUAUCAUCUUGAUCAAGACUGACAUCUUUUAAGUGUUUAUAAGGGGAACAAAAACAAGGAUGUUUUUGGCAAAAGUACGGUUGAUCUUCCUGCCUCUAUGUGCCCAAGUCUAAACAAAUCCCUCAUCACCUCUCUGUUUUAUCUCUGAUAAAGGAAAGCAACGGUAACAAUAACUAUUUUGACUAUCAGUCCCCUCUAUUUGCUGAUAUUGUUUUUAUUCUAAGGGAGAAUGACUGUGCCUUUGCCAGAAAGCUGCUGUUGCUUUUCCCCUUUAGUGAAAGCUCAGGCUGUGAUGUGGGGCAGAACUUGUGUAGUGCAAUAUCUGAGACGCCCAAUGUUUCACACCUUUGUAUGUAUGAAAGACGAGAUCAGAGAUGGCUGGAUUAAGAAUUCAAUGUUUGCACCUGCUUAUAGACUGAGGAAAA